UGCUUUGGAGCGAUUCUUCGAAUCAGACGAGCGGCGGAGUUAACGUUACUAAAAAAAUAAGCAAAAAAACAGGCAGGAAAACAGGGAGAGAAGAGAGGGGAAGCAAAGCAAAAGCACAAGCGAAUAUCGAGCACAAAGCAAAGCGCGCAACACGUGAAACAGCAGACGCCAAUUGGUUUUAAUUUCGAGAUGUCCACCGCAGCCACAACAACCGCAUCCAUUGAGGGAUACAAGCUGGGCAAGGUCCUCAUCGAGGGCAAAACCAAGCAGGUGUACGACCUUCCCGAACAGCCGGGACUAUGUCUGCUCCUCAGCAAGGAUCGCAUCACCGCGGGAGAUGGAGUCAAGGCCCAUGAUCUGGCGGGCAAGGCAGAGAUCUCCAACACCACCAACGGCCAGGUUUUCCGAUUGCUCAACGAGGCCGGAAUUCGCACCGCCUAUGUGAAGCAGUGUGGCGCCAAGGCCUUCAUAGCCCGCAAGUGCCAGAUGAUACCCAUCGAAUGGGUGACUCGACGCCUGGCCACCGGAUCGUUCCUCAAGCGGAAUGUUGGAGUGCCCGAGGGCUACAGAUUCUCACCGCCCAAACAGGAGACGUUCUUCAAGGAUGAUGCCAACCACGAUCCCCAGUGGAGCGAGGAGCAGAUCGUGUCGGCCAAGUUCGAGCUGAAUGGCCUAUUGAUCGGUCAAGAUGAGGUGGACAUAAUGCGUAGAACCACUCUGCUCGUCUUUGAGAUUCUCGAAAGGGCGUGGCAGACAAAGAACUGCGCCCUUAUCGACAUGAAAGUGGAGUUCGGUGUGUGCGACGAUGGCAAUAUUGUGCUGGCGGAUAUUAUUGACUCCGAUUCUUGGCGCCUGUGGCCGGCCGGUGAUAAGCGAUUGAUGGUGGACAAGCAGGUGUAUCGCAAUCUGGCAUCCGUAACUGCCAGUGAUUUGGAUACGGUCAAGAGGAACUUCAUUUGGGUGGCCGAACAACUGGCCGAUAUUGUGCCAAAGAAGGACCAUUUGGUGGUGGUUCUAAUGGGCAGCGCCUCAGAUACUUCGCACAGCGAGAAGAUUGCCACCAGCUGUCGAUCCUUGGGCCUGAAUGUGGAACUCCGGGUGAGUUCCGCCCACAAGGGACCGGAGGAGACGUUGCGCAUUGUCCGCGAAUAUGAGUCGGUGAUGAGCAACCUGAUCUUUGUAGCAGUGGCCGGAAGAUCAAAUGGUCUGGGUCCCGUCGUUUCCGGCAGCACCAACUAUCCGGUGAUCAAUUGCCCGCCCGUGAAAUCGGACAAUAUGCAGGUGGACGUGUGGUCCAGUUUGAAUCUGCCAUCGGGCCUGGGCUGUGCCACGGUCCUCUAUCCGGAGGCAGCUGCUCUGCAUGCGGCCACCAUCCUGGGACUGGGCAACUUUAUGGUCUGGUCGAAAUUGCGUGUCAAGGCGCUUAACAACUUUAUCACCCUGAAGAAAGCCGAUAAGGAGCUGCGCGGAGUGCGAAAUGCUUAGGUUUCCAAUGGACGAUUGAUCACCUAGUGAUCCCAUUGGAUAUCAUCCGGAGCCAUAUAGUAAUCCUCUACAGACCAUUGUCCAGGGAUCCCUAAAAAAUCAUCCGCAGUUCCCUUCGUUUGUUAUUUCUUUUCCUCUCUUUGUUUUUUUUUUUAACCAAACUUUUUUAUUUUUGUAGUAUUAAGAAAGCAUGACUUGAACUAGUUGUACCCCGUUCUGGAUAGGGUAACUCGAAAUACCUAAUAAUAAAAUGAAAAUCCAAAAUGUAAAA